AUGUCGUUAGAAACUCCCAUAGAUCAACCUGAGUCGACAACAGUUUUUAGCACGGAUAAGUUACCCUCGAAUGGUUCUUCGCUCGAUUAUCGUAUUUUACCAUACAUUGGAAAUGGUCAUGUUGCUACAGUAGUCUUCAGUGAUUUUAUCUAUAUGAAUGGUCUCUACAAUGGCGAUAAUGGAACUAGUCAUCGUGCACGAAUUCCAAGUACACUCAAUUGGCAAUUUCAAGAGAUUCUCUUAGCACAAAUCAGUCCAGCUCAUUCGAUUGCAACAGGAACAUUCACUGAAACGCUCGAAAAUGACGAAAUACGAAUUGAACGAAGUCUCUUCGCUUCACAAGAGUAUACGGAACUGUUACUUACACAUGUCGUACUUACUCGAUUGGAAUCUACAGGAAAGAAAAUUACUGUACCUGUUGAUGUCAAUGAACAGUUGACAAGUGUCGAUAUCGAUUUCGAAGUUAAACAUCGUGAUUCACAACAAGUUCUGUUAUCGGGUAAAACACGUCAAGUGGAAAAUGAGCAAUACCAGUCAGAACCAUUAUCUGUAUUUGUCUACUAUACACCAUUGCCCGUCGAUGGACUGGAACUUGGUCAAGAUGAAAUAACUCGAACGUAUCUUUUCGUCACUUCAAUAGAUGAACAACAAUCACGAGCUAAACAAAGUUUUGAUUAUGCAACAAAAAAACGGCAGCCCGAUGCUGUCCUAGCAGCACAUAUAUCUCGAUGGAAUGAUGUUUGGGCCAAUGGACGUAUUGGUGUAACCGGAGACGAUGAGUUACAACGACAGAUCAACGCCGCUUUCUACUAUAUUCUAAGUUCUCUUCCACCAUUAGCCACACGAAGUGAACAUAAACAAUUCUAUGGUUUAAGUCCAGGUAGUCUUUCACGUGGUGGUCUUUUGGGUGAAGAUUAUGGCGGACAUUCAUUUUGGGAUACAGAAACAUGGAUGUUUCCAUCUGUACUCGUCUUCUAUCCAACAUUAGCAAAAGAAAUCUUAUCCUAUCGAAUCGCUUUACGUCAAACGGCUGUUGAUAAUGCAGCUCUGUUCGGAUAUGAAGGAUGGAGAUUCCCAUGGGAAAGUGCGAGAACUGGUGUAGAUGUGACGCCUGAUUGCUGUCCAGAAGUUCGUCUCUAUCAGAUGCAUAUCACAGGUGAUAUCGCAUUUGCAGCCAGACAAUAUAUUGCAGCAACAGGCAAUCGAGAUUGGCUAAUGAAUGAAAUGGGCGGAGAUCUUAUUUAUGAAACUGCUCGAUUUUGGGGCUCAAGAGCAAUUUACAAUAACGAGAAAAAACAAUAUGAAAUACUCACUGUUCUACCACCUGAUGAGGAUGCUCAACCGUUCAAAAACAAUUCGGUAUUUACUAAUGCAAUCGCUUCACUUUCUAUUCGAUUAGCUGAUCGUAUUAGUUGCAUUACACGUAAGAAUCCCCCACAAGCAUGGUUAGAUAUUGCAUCAAAUCUACAUUUUCCGUUUGAUGAUGCAACUCAAACGCAUUUAGAAUACGAAGGUUUUGAUUUAAAGAAUACAACAAUCAAACAAGCCGAUGUUGUUCUGUUAGGUUUCCCGUUGAUGUGGCCAAUGACCGAAGAAAUAAGACGAAACGAUUUGUUAGCAUACGAAAAACUAACACGUGAUGAUGGACCGGCGAUGACAUGGUCGAUGCAUUCCAUUGGAUUUCUCGAAUUAGGUGAUUUUGAGAAGGCUCAACAACUAUUUCAACGGUCAUACGAAACUUACGUUCGACCACCAUUCAAUGUGUGGACAGAAGCUCGAUCUGGUGUUGGUGCAGUGAACUUCAUAACAGGUGCUGGUGGAUUCUUGCAAGCUGUUCUGUUCGGUUAUGGAGGCAUUCGUUUGACGUUAGAGCAACUUGAAUUGCAACCUCGUGGUCAUCUACCAAAUCAAGCGAAGAAGCUGAGUUUCUACGGUUUGAAGUAUCAAGGAUUUUCUAUUGAUUUAUUGAUUGGCGAAGAGAAAUAUGACAUUGUCGUCAGCGCACAGGAUCACAAACAUUCUGUUCCUCUAAUUUACGAAUACAACGGAAAACAAAAUGCACUGAAACUCGGUGAUCAACACUCAUUUCCAACUGAUACUCGUGUAGUCAUUCGUCGAUUAACACCUCUUUGUUUUUAA